GCAGUCAUUUCCGGCGCGCUGGGAGACGUGCGGUUCCGGGUCACUGCUCAACUCGCCGGCCGGGCGGUGGGGGCUGGUGACGCGGGCCGGGGCUCGUGAGGGGCCCCGGAGGCGGGGCUUUGCCGGCUGCCCACAGAGCGGCAGGACAGAAUGCUUUGACUUCCAAGCUGUUUUAAAUCUAGUAGAUAAGUCAGUUCCUGUGUUGCCAUAAGCCCUUGGCCCAUAUUUGAGUGGGAAUGCAGCUAGCUUGGAUGUCUGAAACUUUGUAGGCUCUUGUGUCUGAAUCCUGAUCACAGACACCGGGACUACCUAGAGCUCUUUAUCUGUGCGGGAUAACCACACAGCAAACAUGUUUGCAAAACUGAAGAAGAAAAUUGCAGAAGAGACUGCUGUUGCUCAGAGGCCAGGAGGUGCUACUAGGAUCCCACGGUCUGUGAGCAAGGAAUCAGUUGCCUCAAUGGGAGCUGACUCAGGAGAUGACUUUGCUUCUGAUGGAAGCAGCUCCAGAGAAGAUCUUUCAUCCCAACUUUUGAGAAGGAAUGAACAGAUACGGAGGUUAGAGGCCAGACUUUCUGGCUAUGCUGAACAGGUCCGAAACUUGCAGAAGAUAAAAGAGAAGCUUGAAAUUGCAUUAGAAAAACACCAGGAUUCUUCCAUGCGGAAAUUUCAAGAGCAGAAUGAGACAUUCCAAGCCAACAGAGCCAAAAUGGCAGAAGGACUGGCUUUGGCAUUAGCCAGAAAGGACCAGGAAUGGUCAGAAAAGAUGGAUCGGCUUGAAAAGGAGAAAGGUAUUCUGACAGCCCAGUUACAGGAAGUGAAGAACCAGAGUAUGAAUCUUUUCCAAAGAAGAGAUGAAAUGGAUGAAUUAGAGGGGUUCCAGCAGCAGGAACUAAGUAAAGUAAAGCACAUGCUUUUAAAAAAAGAAGAAAGUCUAGGGAAAAUGGAGCAAGAGUUGGAGGCACGAACCAAAGAACUUAGUCGUACCCAGGAGGAGUUGAUGAACUCCAAUCAGAUGUCAUCAGACUUAAGCCAGAAGCUAGAAGAAUUGCAGAGACACUACUCAACGCUGGAAGACCAGAGAGAUCAUGUGAUAGCUUCAAAAACAGGUGCAGAAAGUAAGAUCACAGCCCUGGAACAAAAGGAACUAGAGCUUCAAGCACUCAUUCGGCAGCUUUCCACUGAUUUGCAGAAGGUCACUGCUGAAACUCAAGAGAAAGAAGACAUUAUUACACAUUUGCAAGAGAAGGUUGCAUCCUUGGAGAAAAGACUAGAACAGAACUUAUCAGGAGAAGAGCACAUUCAAGAACUCCUGAAAGAGAAAACACUUGCUGAGCAGAAUUUGGAGGAUACCAGACAACAGCUCUUGGCAGCCAGAAACAGCCAGGCCAAGGCCAUUAAUGCCCUGGAAACUCGGGUGAGAGAACUGGAGCGGACCUUGCAGGCCUCUGAGGAGCAGCUCCAGCAGAGCAGGGGCGUUGUGGCUGCCCAGGAAGCUCAGAUACAGGAACUCGCUGCUGCUAGCCAGGAGAGCAGCCAUGUGCAGCAGCAGGCCCUUGCUCUGGAGCAGCAGUUCGCAGAGCGCACCCAGGCCCUAGAAGCCCAGAUUGUGGCCCUGGAGAGAGCACGGGCAGCUGACCAGACCACCGCAGAGCAAGGGAUGAGACAACUGGAGCAAGAAAAUGCAGCCCUUAAAGAAAGCAAGAAUGAAUGUGAACGUUCUUUACAACAUCACCAGUUUGAACUAAAGAAGCUAAAGGAAGAAUGGAGCCAAAGAGAAAUUGUGAGUGUGGCGAUGGCUCAAGCCCUGGAGGAGGUGCGGAAGCAAAGGGAAGAGCUCCAACAGCAGGCAGCUAACCUGACAGCCAUACUGGAGGAGAAGGAACAGAAUCUGAAGGAAAAAACGGAAGCACUUCUCCAGAAAGAGCAGGAGAUUCUGCAGCUGGAACGAGGUCACAACUCUGCCCUGCUGCAGAUGCACCAGCUGCAGGCCGAGCUGGAGGCUCUGAGGACCCUGAGGGCGGAGGAGGCUGCAGCCACCACGGAGCCAGAGGACCUGCGGAGGCUGCCGGGCCCAUUGCCGGCAGAAGUGCUCUCAGUCAGCGAGCCGCAGGUCACCUCGAGGGCCAUGCAGGACACUGUGUUCCAGCUUCCUGCUGCAGGAAGAACACCAAAUGGUGAGGUUGGGGCCAUGGAUCUUGCGCAGCUACAGAAGGAAAAGCAGGACUUGGAGCAGCAACUUCUGGAGAAAAAUAAGACCAUAAAGCAGAUGCAGCAGCGGAUGCUGGAGCUCCGGAAGACUCUACAGAAGGAGCUGAAAAUCAGACCCGAUAAUGAGCUCUUUGAAGUCCGGGAGAAACCUGGACCUGAGAUGGCAAACAUGGCACCUUCUGUCACGAAUAACGCUGACCUGACGGAUGCCCGCGAGAUCAACUUUGAGUACCUUAAGCAUGUGGUUUUAAAAUUCAUGUCCUGUCGAGAAUCUGAGGCUUUUCAUCUCAUAAAAGCUGUGUCAGUGUUGCUGAACUUUUCCCAAGAGGAAGAGAACAUGCUCAAAGAAACCCUGGAAUAUAAGAUGUCAUGGUUUGGGUCCAAACCAGCUCCCAAGGGCAGCAUCCGGCCAUCUAUCUCAAAUCCUCGGAUACCAUGGUCCUAGGAGGGACUACCCAAGGAUGGAGCUCCGGGAGUUGACACUUUUUCUAUGAAAAGAACACUGACACACCAGUCUGGGUGGGUUUUUAAUCACUGUAACUGCAGUAUUUUGUACAAGCGUCUAAACAUUGUUUACAAGACUAAGGCCCACUUCCCUGCAGGCUGACAUGAACCUCAGGGGGUAGCUGAUCCUGUCAUUCUGGUCACCAAACAGGAGGGUUCUGGCACUACCCAGAUUUCCACAGUGCUGCUAAUAUCCCAGCUCCAGCCAGCACCCCGUCUGCACCUGAAUCCUCUAACUUCACGUUAGCACUUACAGCUGAAGCCAUCAGCAUCUGGCAGGCACACCUGAGUCGUCAUGUAGCAAUGCGGGAGGUAGAGACGGCCCUUUGAGAUGCUGCCUGGCAGGCCAGACCCACCUGCUUCUCCAGUAACAGCCAACUCCGUGAGUGGUCUUUAAAAAUUCAGAUGAGUUAGAAACUUUUUAUCCCUUCCUCUCAAGAACACAUUCUUUCACCUUGUCUCUCAAACCACCUGUAACUUUAGAGGACCCAUCUUUAAGGGCCGGUGUGGAUGAAUGGGGGAUAUGCACCUUUUUGACGGUAUCUCCACUUUAAGAAAACUAGCAAAUACAUGAAAAGACCCUAAGUAUAGUACCAAAUACACUCAAUUGCCUUUUUAAUGAAUGUACUUGUUUUGGAUAGGUUGCUGGUAAACCAUUUUAAACUAUUUUUUAUAGCUAAAGUUCUUCAUUAUUAUAAACAUGUCUUCUGUAUUAUAAAAUCCAUUUAACUGAUGUUCUUAAAAUCAGAGCGUCCAGAGGAAAUUCUUCCUAAAACUAGGAUUCCCGUUCCUUUGUCAUCUCACUUGCACUCUGGCGCCGCUCCCUCUGAAGCACCAGGGGGUCUCAUGUGCUUUGUCUUGAUUCUGCGCUGUGCUGCCGCUGGGCAAUGCAGAUGACCCAUCUUUCACUGAAGACGUGCUCUGCCGUAUCCAGUGAAGCAGCAGCUGUGCCCUAGCCUUGGUCGAGACAUUGGGGCAGUCUGCCUUGCAUGUGGAGCCACUCUUUCUCCCUCAUCCCACCCAAAAUAUUUAAAAUGGCACUACACCCAUGUCUGGCACCCAGACAGCCCCCAGCUGGCUGCAGCACUUGUAGCAUGCACAUGACUCUGGUAGUAACCAAGAAAAACUUGUUUUAUGGAUUCCUCCUUACUGAGGAAAGGGAACAUAUUGGUUCUGGAAAAGCCACAAUAUUGACUCUUAAAAGGAAACCAUUUAUUGUUUCAUGAAAGUUACACUGGCUAAAUAAACUGAAUUAAUAACGGGAGCUCCUAAAUUUAUUAUCCCCGCUCCAGUGAUGGAAAGUUGUAUUUCUCAUUCAUUCUUAGGGCCAAAAUAGGUAUAUACAACGUAUAAUGGAAAGUUGUAUUUCUCAUUCAUUCUUAGGGCCAAAAUAGUUAUGUAAAAUGUAUAUUACAGAAAAACACAAAUCUGCAACGUUAACCUAAUGAAAUUUCCAUGAAGAACCAAGCCAGGGCAGCAUCUCCUUAGUCCCAGCUCAGGCUCUGCCCACCAAAGGCCCCCUUCUCCAGUGACUGCCUGCCUCAUCUGGCUUCUCCUUGCAGACACAGUUGUCCCUUGUUUAGAAUGCGGAUUUCCAUUUACCUGGUGGGAACACAAAACAGAAUCUCUUCUGUUCUGCAAUUUUGAUGGGUAAGAGGUAACUUUUGUUCAGAGUAGGAUUUCCUUUUUCAACCGUUUCAGGAAAUAAUCUCCAAGACUGGGUAGCUCACAGCCUGCCAAAGGCAGCUACACUUCCACGGAAGCCGUCCGCUGCCUCCGUGGCUUCUCCGGCCCUUUAACGCCCCUACACAUCCCAGGCCCCACUCCUUGGCAGUUUUAGGUGUAGCUGUGGGGCCUGUUCCUGUCUGUACUCACUGUAGGGAGGAUUCACUGAGUAGGCUUUCCUCCUGCAUGUUGAAUUUCCUUCAGCUUUAAGAGGAAGAGUGGAGUAAAUACGCUAAGUGAUCUAAUGCACUUUGACCUGUAUAAAACGUUCUGUGAUAGAUGGGAUACAUAGCCCUUUAUAUGAGCGUUGGAUCUUGAGCUCUCCUUCAAUGUUGUAAAUAGGAAUUGUAUUCUUGAAAACUGCUGUAGAAAAUUCAUCUGUGGUGCAAUACACUUUUUGAUUAAAGCUCUUCAAUCCAGAUGCAACUACGAUGGAUUUU